AUGAGCGCGGAAAGGCCGGUGCCGCGGCGAGAGAGCCCGUGGGGUCUGCCCGAGGGCGACACGCGGCAGCCCAAGGCUCACCGCUGCAACGACCGCGCCGAGGACGUCGUCCAGGCUUGCUUUGAAGGGAACCCAUUCAAGACAGUUCCAGUUCCGUUCAAGCUCUUCUGGCAAUGCAUGCGCUCAAAACCUGGGGAGGAACCUACCGAGCCCUAUACCUACCUGCAGCUAGAUCCUCCAAGAAGGGUGGAAGUGAAUCUGGAGCAAACAGCGUCCGAGUCUUGA